CACGAUGGAAAUUGUGUAAACAACAUGGCCGUGAAAUCACAAUUUGUCUUCGUGGGUUACAAAGAGCUGUCCUUGUAAAUCACAUAACUAGAGGUAAUGCCUUGGGGUAUUGCUGGUGACAACACUAUGGAGUUUCAUGACUUUGCAGCUGUGUUUGAUGCCCUUGACCUAUCCUCUGAUGGAUUCAUAUCUUGUGAGAAACUGCACGAGUUUGAUGAGAUUCUUCAUUACACACCAAUAUGCAUCCAGCAUGUGUAUGCGGCUGUAUUACAGAUUUGUGGAGGUGAUGGUCAAGGCACUGUUGGUAGAGACAAUUUUCUGAACGUCCUGCAAGAGUUAGAUCGAAGGCGAGCGGUGGAAGAAAGAGCUUAUUGGGAUUUCCAGGCCCUGGACAGCAAUGCUGAUGGUCGACUGCCACUAAAAGAUGCCUUACUGUUGUUUAGAGACAGCCAUGGGGAGAAUUUCUCAAUGACUGCCUGGGAGCGAUUUUUGUCUGAGAGGGAGAACACAAAUGAUGAAGUCUGUUUUGACGAGAUCAGAAUGUGUUUAUGUAAUCUUCCAACUGAGCAUGAGGCAACAUUAGACAAGGACCAGCUCAAGUCUGAGGAAGAUAAAUUAGAAGAUCUGCAUCUAGCUCGUGCCAUUGAAUUAUAUGACAAUGCAAAGCAUUGGCAGGAGAAUGUAGCUGCAAAGGAGAAAAACAGGAAAGACUAUCAUGAAAGUCUGCUCACACAAGCAGAACGUAAACAGAAAAAGUGGGACCAAGAAGGUAUUGAAGCUCUGUUGUUUGAUGAUGGCGAAGAUGUGGACAGACUUACAGCAGUCAAGUCACGUCAAAAGAUUGCAAUAAAAGAUCUGUAUGAUCUCUUGGAAGAGAAAUACAAUCACCUCAGACAGAAGCUGACAUGGCAUAUGGUUUCUGUGACAUCAGGAUUUUCAGAUGGACAGUUCUCUGACAGUGCAGCUGGUGAUGGCAUUGAGAAUUAUCAUGAAGUGGAGAUUCAUGUGAAACAGUUGUGGAAAAGUCGCACCUUGAGAGAGAAGUGGGCGGAGCUUCCAGGAAGCUCCUCCCACUUACCCUCCUCUAUGACACAGUUGAUGGCAGAACUGCAGGAGACUGAUGCCAAACACAAGUCUGAUGUGAUGAGGCAUUAUGAGGCACUUCUCUUGGAAGGGAAAUCCCAUUUUCAGGCCUGCCACAUUCUCGAAGAACAGUACCAGGAAUUUUGUAAAGACAUGGGUCUCUCAAGGGGAUGCCACUUCUCUGAUUUCAAACAGUAUUUCAAGCUGCUUCUGCAGGACAUUUUGAUUUGUGAAGAGAGCAGCUUUAUCCCGGCCGCACUAGCAUGUGGGUUGGGAGAAAGAUCACAGAUAUACAGGUCCAAAAGGUUUGACUGGGACAGGGCUAGGAUGGAGAAGUUGGCAGCUCUAUAUCUGGGUGCAAGCAAGGGCAGAAAACCUCGAAAGCCAUCGCACACUAGGCAUGUUGAAGAAAAUGGUGUGAAGGAGAGCGAACUUGACUUGCAAGUAGAGAUUCUGCAUCAAAUGGUUGAGGCUUUCAUAGCUGAAAGAGAGAUUUUAAUCAGCAUGCUUCAAGGCAGAGACAGUGUUUUGAGUAAGUCUGAUGCUAAGAAGUUAUCAGUGGAGCAGAGACGAGGUAAACUGAAUGGCCUGCGAACCCAGAGACAAAAUUUGAGAGAUGGAAUGGGGUCAGAGGCCUCAGAAUCUCAGAAAACUAAUCAGAGGAAGUUGUUACAAGAAGCUGUAGGCAUUGCAUAUGAGAAUAGGUUCCUCGACCUGAUGAAUACGCAGCCUAAUGUGAUAGAGAAUGCAGUGAAUGCCAGUCUGCUGGCAGACUUACAGCAGAAGCAAUAUGUAGACCUCGAUACCUUGAUAAAGGACUUCAUAUCAAAGGACACCAAAGAGCUAAAAAAGCUGAUGAAGACCUGUGUGAGGACUUUUGAACAUGAACAUCUGGACACGAUUGCAUUUGUGAUCUUGGGCGUACUGGAUGUGACCCAAGAGGAAAGACGAUUUAUUGAUACCUUGGACCAGAAGUAUCAGACCAUCAGAGAAACUAUACUCCUCCAUGCUUUAAGAAGUAAACAUGGAACCUCGUGGAAUAGGAUGUCAAAAGAGGAAAGGCACAAGGAACUGCGUGCUAAGAAGAAAGAGGAAAAGAAAUUGAGAGGGGAAGGCAGAUGGAAGGACAUGGCCUUGUUAUUAGGGUCAGCAAUUCAGGAGAUGCCCUCUCUACAAACUGUAAUGGGGGAAAAUAAAGCUGACUAUGCCAGUAGACUUGAAAAUGAUGAAAUUCCCCCUGAAAAACUGCCAGCAAUCAACCCAUUGGCAGAUUUGGUUCUGCGGCAGGAGGCAGAGCAAAAUUAUCUGCUGGACUGGCUCAGGUCAUCAGAAGUGAAGGUUAUGACCUUUGCUAAGCGAAGACAGGGACUGGUUAAAAUGCUGUUUGAAAAACUUUGCGUAGAGCAAGAAACAGAUUACAGCUGUAUGGGGUAUAGACUUGGAUUGGUGGAAAGGAUUGAGGCUGCCAUUGGGAACAGACACAAUGCUGACAAAUUAAGGCAAACCAAGAUGUCUUCACUCCGCUGCAAACAUAGAAGACUUAGGUUAAGCCAUAAUGAGAUAUUCAAGAAGGAGACAGUUCCAAAAGACAGGCCAACAUCAGGUGAUUCAGUUAGCAGGCAGAUGUUGUACUUAAAUCAGGUGAUACAGCGUCAUCUGGAAGAAGUGGAAACUUUGUUGCAGUUGUGUCAAGAUGAAACACUAGCUGAGUUACAGGAAGCAGCACAGCUCAUGACAACAGAGGAACAACAGAAACGACUCUGUGAACUAUCUGCCAAAAGAAGGCUAUUGGAUUUGGAGAAUCAAGAUGAUCGAGAAGAGAGUCUGAGCAUUCUUGAAGAGGCAUCUGCCAUCAAAACUCUGAGCAGGAAGUUACACCUGGAGAGUCAGUCAGGCAGUGGAGCAGUGACAAUUGACGAUGUAAUCAGCAGUCUGCUCGUUGAGGUUUAUGUGCUGCAGGACAGGGAGCUAGCCUUUAUACUGCAGGCAAUCACAGAUAAGGAUGAAAUUGAGCUUGACAAAUUGUUAGCUAAUGAGAUGAAUGCACGACGGUGGGAAAUGGUGGAGAAUGUUGUUAGUGUGAUAACAAAAUAUGAAGGGGAGGGCAGCGAUGAUGAGCUUUUACAGGCGCUAGAUGAAAAAUAUGACUCGCUGCGAGACAAACUGCUGAUGGAGGCACUGAUGAAGCAACUUGGAGAGGCUGAGUUGAAGUUGAGUGAGCAGGAGAGACAGAGGCGAUUGGCCCUGCUCAAGCUCCAGGAGAAGAGGCUGAGAAAAGAAGGUAAAACUGAUGAACUGGCUAAGCUACUUGGAGAUCAUGAGCUGGCAGAAAAAAAUCUUCGUGAUCUGUUGGGUGAAAGCAGAGCAGAGGCUGAGCGCCAUCUCAGAGAAAGGCUAGCUGAACGACAGAGGAGGAAAGCUCUGGGAGAAAAUUUAGAGGAUGAUGAUGAUGAUGUCGAAGAUGAUAUCAAGAAGCAAAGUGAGACAGGAAAUAUUCUGACUGACCUUAACAAACGUUAUGAAGACGAAAGAGAUGCCUUAAUGGCCGGUUUGAAAGGUCAAGAGAAAGGGUUUUGGGGAGAAAAGGAGAGGCAGGCAGAACUGCUGAGGCUGAGGAAAGAGCGCAGGCAGGCAGAGCAAGAGGGCAGAUUUGAUGAGGCGGCCCUAGUGCUUGGCUUGGCGGAACGACAGCAGCAACAGUUAGAGGAGAGGCUAAAAAAUGAUCGAAAGCGACAAGAAAUGCUUGCAAAGAGUCGUCUAGAGGAGUUGCGGAAAAGAAAAGAAAAGCACAAGAACAAUGGCAAGGAAGAGGUGGUCAAGACCGGGGACCGAGCUGCUCUGCAGGAAGCUGUGCUGACUCUGCUGGAGAGGCGCCAUGCCUAUGAACAGGAGCUGCUGUAUAAGAUGCUGUCAGACAAGAGAAAUGAAGGACUUGGGAAAGAGGCCAAACUAAUGUCAGGGGUGCAGAGGGAUGACAGACUAGCAGACCUGAUGGGGAAACUUCAACAGGUCCCAAGUGGUAAGAUAAAGGAACGACUUGAUAUACUGCGGCAGGGUGUUGUUGUGAAGAUGGAGUCUCGCCAACUUGCUCUGUGCCAGUCCACUGACCAAUCAGAUGUCCAGGAUACAGAUGUCUGUGUGUCCUUGAUGGCAGACCUCCAGGAAGAACAGUCCGUGGAGGCAGAGAGGCUGAUAAGCUCUCUUCAAGACAUGGAUGAUGACCAGUUAGUUGCUCUACAAGAAAAAAUCUUGGCCUCCAAAAAGAAUGAGGAUGUAGAGUGUGUAGUUACAGUGGUCUUUGCCCCAGAGCCACACAAGAAGACAAAGGAAGGAGAGUUACUGAGAGCCCUAGAGGAGAAAUAUGAUGCCCUCAGAGAUAAACUGUUGAUUGAGUCCCUCAUGAAACAGGCUGGGGAAGCAAACUGGCAGAAGCUGUCAGAACAAGAGAGACAAAGACGACUCAUAGAACUGAAAAUGAAGGAACGAAAACUCAGGCAGGAAAACAAAAUGGAUGAACUAAGCAAAAUAUUGGGCAAUGACAUUAAGAAUAAGGAAGCUUUGGAAAAACUGCUUGGUGAAUCAAAAGAAGACCAAAGAAUAAAGCUGCAAGAGAAGUUAGAAAAACGCAGACAGAGGCUAGCUGAAGGGUUGUCCGAAGAGCAGUGUGAUGACUUGGAGAAGGCUGAGGAUGAAGAAGAGGCGAAGAAACCUCGGAAUGUUCUCCUGGAUCUUCAGCACAGGUUUGAUCAGGAAAAAGCAGAGUUGUUGGAGCGACUGCAGGCUAGUGACAGUAAAUACGCACAGGAGCGGCAGCGACAGAUGGAACUGGUCAGACUGAAGAGAGAACAGAGAAAGGUUCAUCAGGAGGAAAAGUUUGAGUCUGCUGCUCUUGUCCUGGGGCUUGCAAGAGAGGCAGAGGAAAGAGUUGAGAAGAAUUUACAUGCAGAUCGUGAACGCCAGCGGAGAUUAGCCAAAGAUAGACUGGAGGCAAGGCGAAACAGAAAGAAUGAUAUUCACAUUCCGUCAUAUGAACUCUCUACUCUUGGAGGUUCAAACGAUGUGGUCUUCCUUCAAGAAUGUGUGUUCAAGGAGAUUGAGGCUAGACAUCAGGCUGAAAGAGAAUACCUGAUUGAGCUUUUACAAGAGUGUGAAAAGGAACAUCUUAGACCAUUGUCUGAAUUUGAGAUUAACCAACGGAAGAGCCAGCUCCAGCUUUUGUACAAGAACUGGAAGGGGACUAGUGAUGGACAUGUUAAGGACAAAGAUACUCUACAGAACAUUUUAUUGAGUGCUGUUGGUGUACAUCUCGCGAGUAGACAAGAAGACAAUAAGGACUCCACUUCUCCGGAUGGACCCCAGGUGGCACUGUUGGCAGAUCUGCAGCAGUUGCAGGAUGAUGAACUUAGAAUUCUUGUAUCCAGUAUGGCUCAAAAGGAUCCAGAAAGCCUGAGGGAAAUAAAAGCUGUCCAGUCAGUGAAGAGAUCAGAUGGUCACCCUAGCAACUUAGCAGCAGUAUUGCUGUCCAUGACAGUGGAACAGGCUGAAAAUGACUUGAGCGAUGAUGCACUUCUGCAAGCUUUGGAUAUGAAAUAUGGUACAUUUAAAGACAAGCUGUUUAUGGAGGCUGCUAAACAAAAGAUGGGCGAAGAGUGGUGGGAGUCUGCCUCAGAAGAGGACAGAAUGAGACAGGUUGCUGAACUAAGGCUACUAGAUCAGCAGCUACGUGAAGAAGGUAGAGAGCAUGAAGCCAGUGAUCUGCUUGAAAACUUGCUCAGUAAGGCAGGUCUUGAAGACCUGAAGGAGAAACUUGGAGAGAUGAAGACACAUGAUGAGGAAAUUAAAGCUGAACAGGAAAGACUGCGACAAGAAAGACUUGAUGCAGGAAUGUCCCUGGAUGAUGUCCUGCAGUUGGAAGAAUCUCAGGAAGAACUGGACGGUGAAGCUAAAAGAAAGAACAUACUAGAUCUGCUGUCCCAUAGUUAUGAAGACGAAAAAGCUGCUCUUCUAGCAUCUCUUGAAAGUCAAGAGAACCGGCUUGCUAAGGAACGACAACGUCAGCUUGAGAUGGCAAAGCUUCGCAGAGAUAUACGCCGCCUUCAACAAGAGGAGAAGCUUGAUAGUGUUGCUAUCCUGUUAGACGUGGCGCAAAAACAGGAGAAUAAACUUAAAAACAGCCUGGAGGAGCAGCGUAGCCGCCAGAGAGCACUUGCUCAGGACCGCCUGGCUGCCCGCAGGCAGAAGAAACAGGGCAUCGCUGAGACCAGUGUGAUCUCAGUGGAGGACAAGCUCAGAGAGCAGAACCAUGACAAUCUCCUUGAGGAUAGUAAAGCCACUGUUGAAGGGAUCUUGCAGGCAGUAGAGACAAAACAGAUGGAAGAGCGUGAAAUGUUGCUCCAGUUAUUACAAGCUGUGUGUGAUGACGAGGCAUUGAGAACAAAAGUGGAGUCACAGACACCACAAGAUAUUAGGCAGGAGUUAAAAGCUCAACAGGAAAAACGAACCAAAUGGUUGAUGGUGGUCCAGCAAACUAAACCUGAUGAGGAUAGGAUGGAUGAUGACAAGUACAUCCACCAGGUGGCCAUGAGCAGAGCUGAGCAGUUCCCAUUGUGGAAAAUGUCUCUGGCAUUGCUAUGUGAAGAUCUUGUGAGAGAGAAGCUGCAGAAUUCCUCAAGUACCAAGAAGGAAGAGGUUUGGGAGGAGGUUACCCUUGACCUCUUGGCUGAUCUCCAGGUGAAGCAGAUCUCAGAAACUGAGGCUGUACAAGCAGCUCUCUUAUCAGUACAGGAUGAGGCAACACUCAACCGUGUGAAGCAAGCCCAGAGGAGGGCGUGUCGUGAAGGCUGGUACAUCACCCUGGCUGAGGUGAUCUUCAGCGUUCUGGGCAAAGGUGAGGAGGAGACCCAGUUCCAGGAAUCCCUCCAGACCGCUCGCUCCAAAGCCGAAGCAGAAGGACUGAGUACAGAAGAAACUGAAUCUAUUCUUAAAAACCUCCGAGCUCAACAUGAAGCUCAGAUUCAAAGAACAAACAGUGUUCGGAUUGACCAGGAGAGGCAGCUGCAGGAAAAACUUGCCCUGAGGCGUCGUAAGAAGUCAUUCCAGGAGGACACAGAAGACGCAGCCCUUAAUGUCCUGUUGAUGUCAGGGGCACAGGCAGAAGUGGUGCAGGAUUUGACUCGCUCAGAGAAGCUCCGGCAGAACAGUCUGAUGCAAGAACGUCUUGCUGAAAGACGAGCUGCAAGGAAAAGGGCAGCAGAACAGAACAGUGGGGAGGAGGAUUCCAGGCCAAGUACCCAAGACUCAAAUCAAUCCAGCAUACAUCGUCUGAGGGGAAGGGUUAGUGUAGAAGUGACGGAUGACCAGAAACAUGCCACUUAUUCACAACUGGUCAGACAACAGUCCAAUCUCUACCGCAAGAUCAGUGAACAACAGACUCGGCAGGAAGAGAUGCUUCAAAGACGUUUGGAACAAAUUAGUAGCAGACGUGAAGAAGAGGCAGCUGCACUUUUCUCUCUUGGAGAGCGCCAGAAGACAGUCCUGAAGAAGUCAAAACAGGAUGAGCGAGAGCGGCAAGUUUCGCGUGUGCAAGAGAGGGUUGCCCGGGUGCGCUAUGAACGCACCAUGACAAAGAGAGACCGCUCCCGCAGCCCACUAACGCGUAGCUUUGACCAAAUAAAGGAGGACGAAGCAGAAAAUGCUUCAAAACAUAAUCAAAUGAAUCUGAUGGCUCAGGACAUGGAGAGCAAGUUUAAAGAGCUGAACCCCACAGAGACUUCAGAUAGGUUUAAUGAAGGGCUGAUGACAGACCAGAGCCGUUUGGAUAAAAUGAAGCAAAGACGGGCACAGAAAAAGGAGAAACGCCUUACCUUUGCAUCUACGAAUGAGUAAUAUAGACUAGGCUCUUUAAAGUGAUUAGCUUUAUUAUGGUAAUGUUGCCAUAAAAUGUUGUUUCACGUAUAUCAAUUAUUUAUAUUCCAGCCAAUUUACAUAUUGUGUACUAUAAUGCAAUGGCAAAAUGCUUUAAGCAAUGUUCACACAGCAGUUUUAUAUUUUUAUAAUGUAAAAUGUAUUUUUGAAAUUUGUGUAUUUUUACACUUUACAAAUUAAAAUAUAAGUUUAUUUUAAUAUUUGCAAUAUGUACUACUUUCUGUUUUGUUCAUCAUUUUUGAAACCAAAUACCAAAUAUGUUGAGCAAUUAUUUUGUUAAUGGGUUUAAAAGUAUUUAUUUCUAAAAUUCCACCCAUUUUUUGUCUGUUAUGCAGUUUAUACUGACUUAUUUGUAGUUUAUAUGUUGCUAAACAGGUUAUACUAACCUAGUUCAUACCAUUUCAUUGUAAUAACAUAUGUCUGAUGUUAUGUCUUGUUUGACUGAUUUUUCUUCUUGUUCAACCAUGUGUUUUAACAAUAUUCAACCAAGUAAGUACCGUAAAGCACCAUAUAAGCAAUCUUAUGGUUUCCACACAUUAGGUAUUACUUGUUUUCAGUAAUAUCAAAUAAUAUGACUGCAUACAAGUGUUUUUGUUUCUCUCAUGCUUUUCAUUUAUUUUCAUUCCUACUCAGGAAAUGCCUGACUAUUAUAAAUUACAUGUGAUACAAGUGGUAUUAACAUUGAAAUGACAAUAGAAAAAUCCAAAAAAGAAAAAUACCAAAUUGUAAAUCAACAUUUUUAUUUUGUCCAUUGUUGUUUUUUUGUGUUUUUUUUAAAUCAAUUUUAAGGCUUUCAAUUUGUGUGUAUUAACAGGAAAAAUUAAAAGGAUGUUCCAAGUUUUGAUUUUUAUAUCUUUGAAAACAAGAUUCAUUCUGUCCAUCAAACAAAAAAUUAAAUUGGUGUGUCCUAACUGCAAUGUACAUGUUCUACUACAUGUUGUAGUACUUUGGCAUUCUAGUGAUAAUAGGUAAAACUGUAGGUAAUAGGCUUACUGCAAACUGUGCAUAUUUAACAUAAAAUAAGUGAUUGUCAUGGUGGGCAAAAGAAAAGAAUUACAAAAUUAACACAGUAUUAAAGUUGUCACCAUGAAAAUGUAUGUACUGAAAUAUUGAUGUAUUAUAGGCCUUUUGGUUUUAUAGAUUUUAGCCAGGGUAAGUUGUGUAAACUGUUCACUAGAUAACCACUGAUCCAUAUCUACCAGUUGGCUGUUUACUUCAGCUCCAUGGGUUUUCCUCUGUGUUCAACUUAGCUUCUUUGUGGACUCAGCACAUACAGAAACCAGGUUUACAAAUCAAUGCCAGGCAUUUAUGGCUAGCACACUAUCACGGCUGUUAUUGUUAAAGGAUUGUCAACUGUCUAAUGUAUGCAGCUCAAGUGAGUGAAAAGCUUGACCAAUUAAUAUCCUCCUACACUAUUCACCUUGGGGUGAAUUCCAUUAAUGGAUAAAGUACAUUGUAUAUCUGUCUGAAUUCUACCUUUCUCCUAGGAAGCAGGCUGUGUUAUCCAAAACUUAAUGAACAAAAAAGCAUAAAUGACCUCAUAAAACAGAUGUGAUCUUUCAAAGACCCAUAUUUCUAGCUUGCACAUUUACGUGUAGAUUCUAGGUAGCCAUUCUUAAGAUGUUUUUUGUUUGAACCUUAUGCUGCCAAAGGCAGCAUAAGGUUCCUUUGCUGUCAUACCAACCCUUAUUGAUAAUCAUGUAUAUGUAUAUAAAUACAGUUUACUCAUACACAAAUCAGCCCUUUACACAGUGUCCUUAUUUAGUAAUAAUGCUGUUAAUUUUCUAGUCUAAGUAGAUGUAAAAUAGCUUACUAUUUGCGAAAAUUAUGAAAAAAAAAAGCAUGUGUGUCUUAUAACAUUGAUGUUGCAGGUUGUCUGUAGUUUGAGAGAAACAAACACUGCACAGUGGUCAAGUCGUGCUGUCAAAUUUAGAUGUGUGUUUUGCAGAUUAUCCUUUGAUCCUGCAUUGUCUUAUUCAAAGAGGAUUUAUUUGUAGCUAAUAAGUGUAAAGUGACAGGUACUUUCUACUGUUCAGUCAGACAUAAUGUAAACAACCCCUCUGAGAAACAUGAUCAUAUGAUAAAGUAAGGGCUGAGUCAUUCUUGGUUUAACAGUGUAUACUGAGAAAAAGUUCGAGUAUUAUUCAUGACUGUUGAAAUUAUGAUAGGUUAUAGUAAAGCACAAAUGAUGUCAGCUUCUUUAGGACAGUACACAUGGUGGUGGGUACAUGUUAUAGGACAGUACACAUGGUGGUGGGUACAUGUUAUAGGACAGUACAGGUGGUGGUGGGUACAUGUUAUAGGACAGUACAGAUGGUGGUGGGUGCAUGUUAUAGGACAGUACAGAUGGUGGUGGGUGCAUGUUAUAGGA